GUCUCUGCUGGGUCGCAAAAUAUCGCUCACAUGGAUCUGUCUAGGCUCGUCGCCGUGGCCGUGCUCCUCGGCGCCUUGCGGCCGCUCCGGAGCCACUGCGCCGGCGACGUCAAGGGACCGCACCCGGUCGUGCUCGUGCCCGGGUACGGGUCCAACCUGCUCGAGGCGCAGCUGACGGCCGCGUACGCGCCGCCGGCGCCCGGCUGCGGCGCGCGUAAGGGGAAUGGGUGGUUCCGGCUGUGGCCGAUCAACCAGACGGCGAUGCAGGACCCCCGCCAGGUCCCGUGCUUCGUGGACCAGAUGAGCCUCGUCUACGACGCCGUCGCCGACGACUACGGCAACGUCGCCGGCGUCGUGACCCGGGUCCCGUUCUUCGGCUCCACGCACGGCUUAACUGGGUUGGACCCCCUGGUGCGGGAGCUGGAGGCCGCGGGCUACCGCGACGGCGAGAGCCUCUUCGCCGUGCCCUACGACUUCCGCUACUCCGUCGCGCCGCGCGGCCACCCGUCCGCGGCGGGCGCCUGCAACUUCGACGACUUCACGCGGCUCGUCGAAAGGGCGAGCUCGCUCAGCCAGGGACGGCCGGUCGUCGUCGUCGCGCAUAGUUUCGGCUGCGCGCUCACGUACCAGUUCCUCCUCGGCCGCCCGCUCGCCUGGCGCCGGCGCUUCGUCAAGCGCGUCAUCCUCGUCGCCUCCGCGCUCGGCGGCUUCUCGGAGGGGAUGAACGACCUGGCCGCCGGCACGGACUACGGCCUGCCGAACGUCGCGCGGCCGUCGAGGGUCCGGCUGGCGCGGAGCCAGCAGAGCGCUCUCUGGCGCCUGCCCACGCCGACGGUGUUCGGGGACCGGCCGCUGGUGGUGACCAGGAACACGACGUACACGGCACACAAUAUUGCGGAGUUCUUCGAGGCCGUCGGCUUCCCGGAAGGGGUCCGGCCGUACGUCACGCGGGUGCUGCCAGCAUGGGAGGCGCUCCCGGCGCCGAUGGUGCCGGUGACCAGCAUCAUCGGGGUCGGUGUCAGCACGCCGGAGACGUUCGUGUACGGGGAAGACGGGUUCGUGGGGACCCCGGAGGUGGUGUACGGCGACGGCGAUGGCGACAUAAACAUGGUGAGCCUGGUGGCCAUCGAGAAGGAGUGGUCUGGGGUGGAAGGCCAGGUUCUGAAGGUGGUCAGGUUGCCCGGCGUUCGUCACGAUGGCUUCUUCAACGUUGGUUUCGCUCUGAAAAAAGUGGUUGCUGAAAUACUCGAGGCUGGUGGAACUGUAGAACUCCAUCCGAAGAUUGGCCGAGUGCAGAUCGAUGCAGGUCCCGUCUGGAAGGAAGAUAGAUGUAGAGUGCACGAAGACGUUUGGUUUGAGUAAUGCGUUUUUAGAGGUGCUCUGAGUUUGAGUAAUGUUAAUAGUGAUGAAAAGUAAGAGAUUUUGAAAAA